UCCCAGCAGCCAGACAGAAAAAAAAUCAGAACUUAAAGUUGAAAGCAUUUGCUGAGUUCCCAGCCAUACGCCAGUGUAGUGGUUGUGUUGAAGGAGAAGGAAAGGCAGUGCAAGAGGGGUAGAAAGACAAACAUCUUUGCAAACAUGUUUAUUUUUGGUGUGAUGCUGGCUUCAAUGGCGAUAGGAGGCUCCCUUGGUUACGAUUCGGGGCCCUUUGUCCCCUUUCCCCCUGCUCAGCCCUCUCAGGAGAACCUGGAUGCUCUCUGUACCCAGGGAGGCAGUCGCCCGCGCUACCCAAGCAGCUUCUUCCCUAAGUCAGGCUAUGGCCACAUGCGUCGCUGUGGCUCUGCGGUGAACCGUGUGGAGUCCUGGUACAGUGUGUGCUGUGCGGUGGAGAAAGAAAGCCAGAAACUGUGCUGUGCCAAGCAAGCAUGGGAGUACGUACUCAAAGUAUUCUGCAGAGAAGAGUAUGGGGUGAAGGGCCUGCCCCACGAGUGCUGUGAGGAGAGCGGGGCGAGCAGGUUGAGCUGUUUCGAGAGGGAGGCCCCUAACGCCUCUUACCAGCCCACACCUGACUACACAGCCCUGGAAGUUCCAGUGGACCUCGAGUUUGCCUGGGACCCAAAAACCUGCGGUUGAGGAGAAAGGAAAGCAGAACCUAAUCUUGGGCUGGGUGAACCACCUCCAUCUAUAAGAAAUAUUAGGAUCCAGCAAGAAUCACUAAUCAAUCACACUCCCAAUAAAUAAAAUACCAAUAGUACAUAUAUUGGCAUUUAAACAUAUUAUUAUUCUGUAUUUUGGGAUCAGUACUAUUACUGGCAUUAUCAACCAUUAUUUACCCAAUAUCAUUAAACAAACUGAAUUUAUACUGCA